AUGGCGUGUGACACGGGAGUGUGUAUGAAGCAAAGAGGAAAAACUAACCAGUUUAACUUAUCUUAUUUUUCUUAUUUGAACAGUAUUGCUGAGAUCAUUGAACAUUAUAAGAAAGAACAGAUUGUUGAAGGUUAUUACCUUAAAGAUCCUGUUCCAAUGCAGCAUCAAGAACAAGUGCUUAAUAAUACAGUGGAUGGAAAAGAAAUCUACAAUACAAUUCGUCACAAAACAAAGGAUGCUUUUUAUAAAAACAUUGUCAAAAAAGGUUAUCUUUUAAAAAAAAGCAAAGGGAAGAGAUGGAAGAACUUGUAUUUUAUAUUGGAGGGAAAUGAUUCUCAGCUUAUUUAUUUUGAAAGUGAAAAACGAGCCACAAAACCUAAAGGAUUAAUAGAUCUUAGUGUGUGUUCAGUCUAUGGAGUACAUGACAGUUUAUUUGGCAGAUCAAGGCUUUCUGUCUCUUCCCCUAGUGAUCUUUCGUGUGAUAUUAAUAGAUUUGAGAUAAGUCUUAGUAACAAAACAAAGAAAAGUAAAGAUCCAGAUAUAUUGUUUAUGCGUUGCCAAUUAAGCCGAUUACAGAAAGGACAUGCAACAGAUGAAUGGUUUCAACUCAGUUCCUAUAUACCACUAAAGGGUAUUGAGCCAGGAUCUUUGCGUGUUCGAGCACGAUAUUCUAUGGAGAAGAUCAUGCCAGAAGAAGAGUAUAGUGAGUUUAAAGAGAUCAUACUUCAGAAAGAGCUUCAUGUAGUCUAUGCUUUAUCACAUGUUUGUGGACAGGAUAGAACACUCUUAGCUGGCAUUUUAUUGAAGAUUUUUCUUCAUGAAAAGCUCGAGUCUCUAUUGUUACGAUCACUAAAUGACAAGGAAAUAAGCAUGGAAGCUGAAGCUACUACUUUGUUUCGUGCCACCACUUUAGCAAGUACACUUAUGGAGCAAUACAUGAAAGCAACAGCAACACAUUUUGUUCAUCAUGCACUGAAAGACUGUAUAUUAAAGAUAAUGGAGAGCAAGCAGUCCUGUGAGUUAAAUCCCUCAAAAUUAGAAAAAAAUGAAGAUGUGAACACUAAUUUGGCACAUCUACUCAGUAUACUUUCAGAAUUGGUGGAGAAAAUAUUCAUGGCUGCAGAGAUACUGCCACCGUAAGUUUGAGCUCUUCUGUUCAAAUUUUUACUUGAAAAUUCCUGUUUGUGAGAGUUAAAAUGCACCAUAAAGUAAUGUUUGUAUUGAUUCAUCUUUUACUAAUUAUUUCUAAGACUAACUACUUUGGGGUUGUUAUGCACAGAGGAAUAUAGGCAGGGAAAAAAAACAAAAGAACAACCAAACACUUGAAUGAAUUGUGUAUUUGGCAAGAAAAGCUUUUGGCUAGCACACAUGCUUUUCUUUGAGAGAGAAGCUACUUGAUCCGAGGGGUCAGGGAAAGAAGGAAAAAAAAACCAAUAUAUUAUUUCCAUGAACAGGUAGAGGACAUCACUAGUUAGCAAACAAUUAUAUAUAUUUAAAUUGGUUACCAACUCUUUCCAGUCUUCCUACUCUGUGAAAAAGCUGGAAUUAGUAACGACACUAAAAAUACAAAUGUGGGUGGUGGUAGAAUGUCACCCUGCUGUUGUUACUAAUGUCUUUCAGGGAA